AUGUCAACUGCACGUCGUACCGCCACGCGUGGUGGGAGUAAAUCCGGUCGUGGUAAAGCCAGGACUUCGAUUUCGAAGGGUCACCCAGUCGGAGGUGCUCUGGCGAAGGAUAAACUUAUCACCAGACAGGAUAGUGAGGAAUCGGAAUCCUCCGAUCCGAUUUCGUCGUCCGACGAGGAAGAACGCUGGAAGGAAUCGAGCAACACCAACGAUGUACCGUCCGAGUACUGGCACAUCCAAAAGUUGGUCAAAUACAUGAAGGCCGGCAACCAGACAGCGACCAUCGUAGCACUGUGCUGCCUAAAGGAUCACGACCUUACGACGCAGAUGAACCAAAGGGCGAUUCAGGACUGCGGCGGGCUGGAAGUGCUCGUCAAUCUGCUCGAGAGCAACGAUCUCAAGUGUCGACUGGGGGCACUGACGGUGUUGUCGGAGAUCUCGUCCAACUUGGACAUCCGCCGUUCGAUAGUUGACCUAGGAGGUAUUCCGCUGUUGGUGCAGAUACUGUCGGAGCCGGGACGGGACCUGAAGAUCAUGGCGGCGGAGACGCUCGGCAACGUCGCCAAGGUACGGCUCGCCCGCAAGCUGGUCCGGCGGUGCGGCGGCGUACCGCGGCUGGUCGACCUGCUCGAUGUCAAUAUCAACGUGCUCCGCUCGCAGCGUGACCAGCUCGGCGAGGACGAACGCGAAAUGCUCGACAUGGCCCGGGCCGGAGCUCGGGCGCUCUGGUCCCUGUCCGAGUCGCGCCACAAUAAGGAACUGAUGUGCAAGGGCGGUAUCGUGCCGCUGAUGGGCCGACUGCUCAAGAGUGUCCACAUCGACAUCGUGGUUCCGACUAUGGGUACCAUACAGCAGUGCGCCUCGCAGGCCAACUAUCAGCUGGCGAUCACCACCGAAGGAAUGAUCUACGAUAUUGUGUCUCAUCUGACGUCGGAUAAUUUAGAUCUGAAACGGCAGUGCAGUUCGGCUAUUUUCAAGUGUGCCAGUGAUAAGACCGCCAGCGACAUGGUGCGGGAAUCUGGCGGAUUGGAACCGUUGGUAGGUAUAGCAAAGGAUAAGACAGUUAGAGACAAUAAACCUCUGCUGGCAGCUGCUACUGGUGCUCUGUGGAAAUGCGCCGCCAGUGAAGCCAACGUUAAAAAACUGGACCAACUGAAAACCGUUCAGGUUCUUGUUCAAUUGUUAAACGAUGAAAGCGAAGAUGUUCUAACGAAUGCAGUUGGUUGUAUAUCUGAAUGUGUCAAAUAUCAAAAUAACCGCGAAACUCUACGCACCUGUGGAGGAAUUCCGAUGCUCGUUAAUCUGCUUAACAUGACACAUGCUGCAUUGUUAGAAAAUAUAGCAAAAACUUUGAAGGAAUGUGCGUUCGAUCCGGAAAGUAUGACUAUAAUGGAAGAGUUGGACGCAAUUCGAUUGAUUUGGUCCCUUUUGAAAAAUUCCAACCCAAAAGUACAGGCUCACGCUGCUUGGGCGCUAUGUCCGUGCAUCGAAAAUGCUAAGGAUUCCGGCGAACUUGUUCGCAGUUUUGUUGGUGCACUAGAGCUAGUGGUUGGUUUGCUCAGCUCUCGUGAUAAUUUCGUUCUUUCGGCCGUCUGUGCCGCUAUUGCAACCAUCGCCAAGGAUCGCGAGAACUUAUCGGUUCUGUCUGAUCAUAAAGUCAUUCCGAUGUUAGCUCACCUGGUGUACACCACCGAUGAUUUACUGCGUGAAAAUCUGGCAGCCGCCAUUGCUAGCUGUGCGCCGUACGCCGCGAACACCCAAGAGCUGGGCAAGCUGCGAACAGUGACACCCAUCGUGGGCUACAUGGUAAGCAACAACCCUCGGGUACACCGGACAACGGCAAUGGCUCUGCAGAAGCUCUCGGAAGAUCCUCAAAACUGCAUCACGAUGCAUCAGAGCGGCGUGGUUCCAUUUCUGCUGGAAACUGUUGGCUCUAAGGAUCGUGAGCUACAAGAGGCUUCCGCUGGCUGUCUGCAGAAUAUUCGUAAGCUGGCGUUGCGCGCCGAAGAGCUUGAGUUUCGUGGCGAAUAA